UGCGUGAUAUCAACCUUGUUAUGAGAGAAAAAAAAGUUUCAUUGGCGAUGUCAUUGAGAAGGACUACACUACCCACAAUCCUCAAGUGUAAUUGACAGAGCUGCAGUCUGCCGGUUGUUCCCAGAGAUCUCUCAGAUUAUUGGCUGCUAUGAAAGGACACUGAUCGAAGAGAAAUGAGUUCAAGGAGGAGAGGUGGGAAGCCAAACAGAGGAGGGGGGAAAUUUAACAAGCCAAGAGGACGUGGAGGUGGAGGUGGUGGCGGCGGUCGUGGUGGUGGAGGCGGAGGUGGGAGUCGGAAAGGAGGAGCCAAUCGAUGGGAGGAUGAUGAUGACGACGACUUCAGCCUUGAUUUUGGACACUCUCGUCCCAGCAGACCUGGCAAAGUGCAAGGCGGUGGCAGCCGUGCUGGUGGCUGGGAUGGAGGUAGUAGAGGUAGUAGAGGUAGUAGAGGUGGUAGAGGGAGGGGAGAGAGGGGAGGGAGUGGAGGGAGUGGAGGAAGGGGUCGAGACGGGCAUGGCAGAAGUGAUGGGAAAAACAGCAGCAGCUUUUCCAAGGCUCUCCCCAGCUCCCUGGCGAGAAUCAGAACAUGCCCAAAGUCAUUUGAAGGAAACAUGUCGGAGGUGACCUCCAUGCCCUUGCAGAGGAUCUUCAUGACUAAUGAGAACCAAGAGCAGCUCAAGGAGCUGCUGCGGGAUCUUCAGAGUCAGGACUUUGAAGAGUUCUAUGAUGGAUCUGGUUCAGAUUUUACCGGGGGAGAAGAAGAUGAGGAGGAAUAUGAUGAGUUGGAUCACCGCGAUGAAGGCCAGUUUUGGGCCACUAACGACGAGCCAGUGGAGAAAGCAGAAAGUCCAUUAUAUGACCCAGAGUCUGACGACGAACGGCCAGCCCCUGAACCCGUCGUCUCCUUAUUUGCCAUAGGCAAACUCUGCAGGUAUGGGUUUGACAGGGAGCGCAGUAAGCAGGCUCUGGAGUGUCGUGGAGGGGAAUUCGGGGCCACUUUGGAACAGCUCUUGCAUCAGAUUUUUAGUGAGCGCUAUGGCCAGAAAGCAGUUUCCCCUGAUGGCCUGGAGGGAGUGCCUAUGGAUGAGUGUUUGAGCCAACGGCAGGAGGAAGCUCUGGCUCUAGCCGCCAUUUAUGGUGAACGCUUUAGUGAGCGCAUUGCUAAUUCAGUCUGGACAGUAACCCUGGACCUCCCAUUCCUCUCAGACAACAAUAGCAAGAAUAGAGCGGUAGUUGGGAGUCGAGGUGGUGGAGGAUCGGUGAACAUGCGUAAUGUCUGCUCGUUCUACCUAAAAGGGAAAGGCUGCCGCUUUGGGGACAAAUGCAAGUUUAAACACCAACUUCCCAGCAAAGGGAGGUCUGGGGCUGGUUCCCCAGACCUGACGGGCCCAAGUAUGCCUGGAUUCAGCAGCUAUUCUCCCCCAGAGUAUGAGAUAGAAAUCCGUUUCUGCAAAGGAAAUCGUUACCCAUUCCAGGCACCAAUAGUUGCCUUCAGCACCAACGAUGAGUCUGUUGGAGCUGCGGGGAGGCUCAGUGUGACUGAGAGAUUAUUCGAGGAGGCGCUCACUGCAGCAAAGAGCAGCGAACCUGUUGUGUACACGCUGAUCACCUUGUGUGAGGAUGAAGCUGCCAUGAAGGAACUGCUGGCUGUCAGUCACCACAAAUACAGCGCACCACCACCUGUUGUGUUGGUUCCUCCACCUUCUCUGGCCGUAGCAAAGAGUAAGAGUGUCAGGAGCAAUGCCUCAGAGCAAAGCAGGAGUAGUAGUACUAAUAGUAUUAGUCACACUAACAGCAGAAGGACUGCUCCAUCCAAUAACCAAAGACCCAUAGAUUUGAAAGAGGCGGAAGAGGCGGAGGAGCUGGACGAAGAAGAAGAAAAUGAGGCUGUUCCAGUUAUAACCGAGAGUUACGUCCAUCUGGGGAAGAGGAUGGCGAAUAGGCACAACCUCAAGUUAGACAACCUGCUGCAAGAGAACGGCAAGCUGUGCCGAGAGUUCCUAAAGAAAAAGUCAUCCAGGCGCUUCACAUCCAUGCUGGAGCAGAGGAUCAACCUGCCGGCUUGGCAAGAAAAAGAGAACAUCCUUGACAUGUUGGACCGGUGUCAGGUGCUGGUGGUCAGCGGGAUGACGGGAUGCGGUAAGACGACCCAGAUCCCUCAGUUCAUUCUGGACGCCUCAUUAAGGGGUCCCGCAGAGCAGGUGGCCAACAUCAUCUGCACCCAACCACGCCGCAUUUCUGCCAUCUCCGUGGCCCAGAGGGUGGCACAGGAGCGUGCUGAGUCCCUGGGUAACUCCGUGGGAUACCAGAUCCGCCUGGAGACUGUCAGGACGUCUGCCACCAGGCUUCUGUACUGCACCACAGGCGUCUUACUCAGGAGACUUGAGGGAGAGGCGGACCUCAAAGGCAUCACGCACGUCAUUGUGGAUGAGGUACACGAGCGCACAGAGGAGAGUGACUUCCUGAUGUUGGUGCUCAAAGACCUAAUUGUGCAGAGACCAGACCUGAAGAUUAUUCUCAUGAGUGCCACACUUAAUGCAAACCUCUUUUCUGAAUAUUUUUACAACUGUCCCUCUAUCCAUAUACCAGGGCGUACAUUUCCUGUCGACCAGUUUUUUCUAGAAGAUGCCAUUACUAAAACCGGAUAUGUCAUUGAAGAUGGCAGCCUAUUCAUGCGCUCAGGGAAACAAAACGUGUCUUCAGCGGGUGGUCAAGCCUGCAAAGUGGCGCCAAGAGACCUGGUGAAUGACCUCAGCGACGACAUGUGGAACUUCAUGUCUUUCUGCAACAAGGACUUUGUCAAAGACUCAAUCCCAGACCAGCAGCUCAGCCUGCAGGAUCUCACGCUCAGGUAUAAAGAUACAAAGAAGUCUGUGCUGAAGACCAUUGCUGCAAUGGACCUGGACAAGAUCAACAUGGACCUUGUGGAAACCCUGCUAGAGUGGAUUGUAGACGGAAAACACAACUACCCUCCAGGUGCGGUGCUGGUGUUCUUGCCAGGCCUGGCUGAGAUCAAGAUGCUCUAUGAACAGCUCCAGUCCAACAGAAUGUUCAACAACAGGGGCAAAACCAGGUGUGUGGUGUACCCACUUCACUCAACCUUGUCUAAUGAGGAGCAGGAGGCCGUUUUCAGUCGGCCCCCAGAGGGCGUCACGAAGAUCAUCAUCUCCACCAACAUCGCGGAGACCUCCGUAACCAUUGACGACGUGGUAUAUGUCAUCGACUCUGGCAAGAUGAAGGAGAAAAGGUACGACGCAUCGAAGAGCAUGGAGAGCCUGGAGGAGUCGUGGGUUUCUCGGGCCAAUGCGCUGCAGAGGAAGGGGCGUGCAGGUCGAGUGGCCUCUGGGGUCUGCUUCCACCUCUUCACCAGCCACUGCUUCCAACACCAGCUGGCGGAGCAACAGCUGCCUGAGAUCCAGAGAGUUCCUCUGGAGCAGCUCUGCCUCCGAAUCAAAAUCCUGGAAGUGUUUGCCGAUCAGACUUUGGAGUCGGUCUUCUCUCGGCUCAUCGAACCCCCAGCUACGGGGAGCUUGGAUGCGGCCAAGCAGCGCCUGCGGGACUUGGGCGCUCUGACUGCAGAAGAGAGGCUGACCCCGCUGGGCUACCACCUGGCCUGCCUGCCCGUCGACGUGCGCAUCGGGAAACUCAUGCUGUUCGGUGCCAUCUUCCGCUGCCUCGACCCAGCACUCACCAUCGCUGCCAGCCUGGCCUUCAAAUCACCAUUUGUGUCUCCAUGGGAUAAGCGAGAGAUAGCCAAUGAGAAGAAACGAGACUUCGCCGUGAACAAUAGCGACCACCUCGCCUUGUUACAGGCAUAUAAGGGAUGGUGCUGCGCUGUGAAGACCGGUAACCGGGCCGGCUAUAAUUACUGCAGGGACAACUUCCUGUCUUGGCGCUGCUUGCAGGAGAUCGCGAGUCUGAAGAGGCAGUUUGCAGAGCUGCUGUCUGACAUUGGCUUCAUCAAGGAGGGACUGAGGGCCAGGGUUAUAGAGCGCAUGUCCUCUAAUGGCACUGAUGGUGUUAUAGAGGCGACUGGCCCUGAGGCGAACCUGAACUCGGAAAACAUCCCGCUGAUGUCCGCCAUGCUAUGUGCAGCCCUCUAUCCCAACGUGGUCCAGGUACGAGCUCCUCAGGGAAAUUACAAGAUGACCAGCAAAGGAGCGAUGAAGAUGCAACCUAAAGCCAACGAGCUUCGCUUCAUGACCAAAAACGACGGCUGUGUUCACAUGCACCCCUCGUCUGUCAACUAUAUGGUUCGUCAUUACAACAGCCCCUACCUGGUUUACCACGAGAAGGUGAAGACAAGCCGCGUCUUCAUCAGGGACUGCAGCAUGGUGUCCGUCUACCCGCUGGUCCUUUUCGGAGGCGGUCAGGUCAACAUGGAGCUGUACAAGGGAGAGUCGGUCAUCUCCCUGGAUGAUGGAUGGAUCCGAUUUGCUGCUGCUUCUCACCUGGUGGCUGAGUUGGUGAAGGAGCUGCGCUGGGAGCUCGACCAGCUGCUCGAGGACAAAAUCCGGAAUCCAAGCAUGGACCUGUGCAACUGCCCACGCGGCUCCCGCAUCAUCCACAUGAUCGUCCACCUCAUCUCGACACAGUAGCUCUGCUCCACAACAAACCACUCUGUCCCCUUUUGUUACACUCAAGGGCUUAAAGGGGCAGUAAGCGAUUCUGAAGCGAUACACGUUUUGUAAGAAUCAGCUAAUAUUUCCUGACGGUCCGCUAGCUGUUGGUUCUGUGUGUGCGCCGAAUCCGGGUUUAAGGCUCAGCCCUGGCUCCGGAAACCGAAGACAAAACAAAUAGAGAAACUAGCUUUCACCAAAAUCGCUUACUGCCCCUUUAGAUGCAUUAACUGUAAAAGUGUAAAGUGCCACCCAUAGAUUGUUUAAAUUGUUGUCAUAUUCAUGUUGUAUAACGUGCAUUUUUAUUAUGACUUGUGUCUCGUUCACUACUGACAACUUUGGUGGGUCCAUAUUGGACUUGAUUCUUAGAGUAAGUGCACGGUUAUGGUCUUGGACAUUCAUUUGUAAUGCAUUGUUGACAGAUCUAAGAGCUUCUGCAUUGGCCUGAGUUGUAUUUGAAUCUAUUUAGAUGUUACACUUAUGUCAAAUCUACUCUUUUGCAGUGUGAAUGCAAGGGCUUUGAAAGUCAGGAGAGUGUGGUGAGAGCUGCCAAUGAAUUUGACAGCUUUUUAUCUUAACAAGUCAUUAAUUCUACUGCACUAAAAAUUAAAAAAAAAUGCAAAAAACAA